AUGGGACGUGAGAUAAAUCAAAAUUGCUCUUUAGAAUACUUUCCUCCAUCGAUUGAUAGCAAUGGUAUCCGUUAUGCUUCUAUACCUAGAUCUGAGAUUCUCCUUAAUGUGGAAAAGUGGAAUAAUACUUUAGUUGGUUAUGUCCUCGGAGAUAAACCCUUCUACUCUCACCUGAAAGGUUGUGUUGGACGUCUUUGGAAACUUUCAUGUUCACUUGAUAUUUAUUCUAGAGAGAAUGGUUUUUUCUUUUUUAAAUUUGGCUCAAAUGAUGAGUUAAAUAAGGUUUUAAAUGGUGGCCCUUGGUUGUUUGAUGGCAGACUGAUUAUUUUGAAAAAGUGGUCUGAGAAUAUUGGGUUAGAGAGAGAGCUUCUUAAUUCAGUGCCAGUUUGGAUUAGAUUUCCGUCACUACACCUUAAACUAUGGUCUAAUAAUAUUAUUGGGCGUAUGGCUAGCCUUGUGGGCACUCCUCUUUAUAUUGAUCAAGCUACAGCAACUGGUGAGAGACUAGCCUACGCUAGAUGUUUUGUGGAGAUCUCCUCUAACACGAAGCUUCCAAAUUCUGUAAAGGUGGAUCUAGGAAAUGGAGAAUGGCUAGAAACUAAUGUUGAGUACGAAUGGGUUCCUCCUAAAUGUGGUAAAUGCUUAAACUUUGGUCAUGUGGAUUAUCAAUGCUCUGUAGAACUUGUUGAGAAAUGGAUCCCUAAAGAGCCUGUCAAUAAGGCUGUAAAGAGUAAGAAUGAUGGAAUUCCUUUUACAGUAUUUUCAAAGACAGACUUGAUUGACAAUCAACAACAGCACAAUGGUCAAUCAGAUCUUACAACUCCAAAUUCAGGAAAGUUUAUUACUUCGGGGUCAUGUUCUGAUAACCCAAAUACUGUUAUAGAUAUUGAUACUAUUCCUGUAGUAGUCCCAGGCUGUUCUCAUAAUGUGAUUACAGAUAAUAGAGUUCAGGCUACAAAACCUGACUUUCCUUGUUCUAAUAUCAUUUCUGGAAAAAAUAAUAUUAAUGUAGAUGAUGUUCUACCUGAAGGAAAAAUUUUAAAGGAAAAUAAGGAGUAUGAUCAUAAAGAGGAGCUAUCAAAUAAUGAAGAUGCAAAUGCUGAGGAGGUGUCUCAUGAUGAACCCAGUCGAAUUGAUGUAAAUUCUAAAGUUGCAGACUUAUUACAGCAACAGGAUUAUAUAGAUUCAAAUGUGAAUUCUGGGAGUAAUACUCAUAUCAAAUCUAUAAAUUCAGGUUUUCAAGAUCAGGAAGGAAAAAACAUAGAGGUGAAUGUAUCUAUGCACCCUGAUGGGGAAAGUGGGAAUGAAACAGGUAUUGAUUUUCCUAUUGCUAUUGACAACCCUGAGUGGAUAACAGGGAAAAAUCAGCUGUUGUUGAAGAAGAAAUAUAACCAAUUGAAGAUAAAUAGAGAUGCUUCUUUAGGCCCUAAGAGAGUUACAAGGGCAUCAUCAAAUUCUACCUCAUGA